CUUAUUCCCCAUUGGCCGUUGCUUCCCACGUGCCGAGGGAGCUAACGUGUUGGAGGCUGCGCACUCCGGCUGGGGACGCGACUGGACGUUGUAGGGGGUUGGUGGGGCCUAGCUCCGCAGGGGCGACCGACCCCAUGGGCGCCUGCGGCUACGCGGAGUGCGGGGCGGGCCGCGCCCGCUGAAGGGAAAUGCCGGGACCUGCUGGGCUGUCGUGAGCAGGGACAGUGUAGGAGGAGCUAGGUAUAGCUCUAGUACCGUGUCUUGCAAGUGCUGAGCAGGAAAGAAGAGAGAACAGGGAAUUAAAAAUGAGGCCUUGUGAGUCUGAAAAUACAUCAUAGUUCUUUGAAAAAUCCUUAGUGAUCUUGACAAUGUUACAAGUGACAUAAAUUAGCCAGUGGCACAGAGUGAUGGAUUCCCAGAAGACUGGAAAUGGUUUGCAAGUGAUUGGACAAGGGACUGGUAUAGGGAUAUCUACACUCCACAUGGUGGGGUAUUUGGGAAAAAACUGUAAUUCUUCUGAACUAACAUCAGAUGAUUGCUGCCCAGUCUGCAAAAAGAAGGGCCUCAUACAAGCUUUACAGAUUUACCGCAUUAGUUUUCAAGAAUCUAUUUCCCUUUGUGAAAAUCCACAGUGCAUCUACCCUCUGGGCUAUAAACCACUAAAAAAAAUCAUAAUUCCUGUUGAUUCAAAAAAUCAUCAAACUCAGAGAAAAAGGAAGAUUUUUGAAAUCAGUCCUACAACUUCCCCCAUUGACUCAUGUUCAAAGCAAGCUAGGACUAACAAUUUGAUAGAUGCUGAGCACACUUUACACUUGAGAACAAGAUCAGUGUUUAAUGGCUAUAAUUUAUGUAUGACCCAGCCAUGCCUACCUGAUUUAUCACAGGAUGAUCAGCAGAAACCUAGUGGCACAGUUGAGUCUCUGAAGCAUAAUGUUGACUUGGGAACUAUUAUUUCUGUUGGUGGUGCACAAGAAAGUUCUGACUCCAGUUCCAAAACACAACUUUUGCCAAAUUUGGAACUUGGUUCAGUAACAUCUGAAAUCUUGGAUGAAGACAGUCAGCCUUCAUUGAACGUUGAGCAUUUGUGUCUUCAGUGGAGGAACACGUAUGCUCUAUGUUGGUUACAUUGUAUUCUGUCAGCACUGGUACACUUAGAAACCUUAAGGAUUGCUGUGACUGAAGCAUGCAUUGAAGAAUCUGUAAUCCAGUGGCUGUUUACAAAAUAUAAUCAAGCGACUGCACUCUUGAAUGCGUGCCAAACAAAUAAGCUAAAAGAUGUUCUUCCAAAAGCUGAGUCACAUCUAAAUGAAAUCAGAGAUACAAUAUUCGCUCAACUUCAACCCCAGUUAAAGUGUCAGUUGGGUGAGGAAGAAAGUCCAGUCUUUGCAUUCCCUUUGCUUUUACGAAAGGACCCCCAAGCUGAAGCACUUUUCCUGCAUUCUUUUUCAUGGAUGUUUGAAUGUUUACAUUGUGGCUACAGCCACCAAGACAGGUGUAGAAAGACUCUGACGACAUUUACAAAUGUAAUCCCUGACUGGCACCCACUUAAUGCUAUUCAUGUUGCUCCCUGUAAUGCAUGUAAUGAUAAAUCUCAAAGAAGAAAAAUGAUUUUGGAAAAAGUACCUUCAAUAUUUAUGCUACAUUUCGUAGAAGGUUUGCCACAUAAUGACCUGAAGAAAUACUCAUUUCAAUUUGAAGGCGAUUUCUACGAAACAACAGCUGUUAUUCAGUAUCAACAAGAUCCCACACACUUCAAAACCUGGGCAUUGAAUCCUGAUGAAAGUUGGCUUGAAUGUGAUGAUAUAAAAGGUCCUUAUAGCAAAAGACAUAAGAGAUUUGAAGUUCCUCCUUCAGAAAUUCACAUACUCAUCUGGGAAAGGAAAGCAUCCCAAGUGCCAAAUAAAAUUAACUCAGAGGUUCCAAAUAAAAAAUCUGAAAAUCUUCCUCUUCAUGAUGCAUGGACAAGUUCUCCAGUGCUGCACUGUGAGGGUGAUAACGCUAUAGACAGAAUACCUACAGAAUAUAACAAAAUGGAGAUUGUGAGCAUUCCAGUUAAUGAACAACAGAAAGUGGCCACAGAUCAUGCAAAUAGCUUGCUAUCUGGCUUAGAAAAUUUGGCAGAUGAUGAUGUUAUAACACUGACGCUUGUAGAAAUUAAAGUUGAUUCUGAAGGUAAACCAUUGGACAAUGGACAGAUGAUGGGAAAUAACGUAAUUGCUGAAACGGGCAUGCUGAAACAACAGGUGUCAUCUUGUACAGAUGUUUGUAGUCAGACUACCUCCAGCAAUAUGUGCAUACCAUCUGAAAAUGCCAGGACUUCCUUACAUCUAGGACAGUUGAACCUAGCAAAUACAAUACCUAUUCCUACAAACCGUUGCAGUGAUUCAUCAGUACUAUCACAUGAUCAAGGGGCAGAAGGCAAAGCUAGGCCAGUCAACACUGAGAAUAUCAGGUUAAAUUCAGAACUCUUGCAGAACAAGAAAUUACCAUUAAUAGAGACUGUUUCACAGAAAUCAUCUGACACCAGAAACACAAGCAAAACUGUAGCAGACUCUCAGGGUGCAACUUUGUCUGCUACAGAUAAUUUCUCCCAGUCUUCCCAUAAAGAUCAAAAGAAAGGAUUUGUAGGAAGUUGGGUAAAGGGGUUACUAAGCAAGCAUAAUACCUUCCUGUCUUCAAGUGCCUCUGCUCAUUAUCAUAAUGAGAAAAGUUACAAAAGUCCUUCAAGCAUUACUGACUUGCCCUUUGCCGCUAAGGGUGCAGCUAGCUUUGGUGGCUUUCAAGCCAAAGGUACAAACAAAACAACCGAGGAGGUGCCUAAAUCAGUUGUUUGUCAAGGUAGAAAUCUUUCCUCUGUGUUAACAAACAUCACUGGUCCUUCUGUACAUGCUCAUCUACCUGCAGUAAACCCUGUAGUUGAUGGUCAAACUUUGAAUAAGUCUGGAAGCCCAUUGGACACCCAAGGUAAAGUAAUUCCCAACAUGCCCAUCUUUCAUUCCAAACCCAGCCAUGGUGAAAAUGGAAAUCACAAAUCUGAUGGGAAGGAUAAAGAAUCAGAUGCUAACAAAAUUCACAAACUUCGUUUAAAACUGCUUAAAAAACUGAAGGCUAAAAAGAACAAGUUGGCUUCACUUGAUAGGCUGGCAAAGGCUCAGAUGUGUAAUGGAAGCUCUCCAAAUAGAGACGUAAAAGAUCUGUUACAGACUGAAUCUCAUCGUGAAACUGAAUCAAUACAGAAUUUAUUGGAGGAACUACAAUAUCAGAUUGAUGUUGCAGAUAAUGGCUCUUUAUGUAGUACAAACUCCAACAUGUCAUUUUUCAGUAGCCAGAGUAAUGCAGAAUUUUUAGCAGACUUAUUAUCUCCUACUUCAACUGUUGCUUCAUCAAUGUAUCCAAAACAUGAAGAUGAGUGUAGAUACUUGGAAAUGGUGGAUAGUAAUAGUGCAGCGCCAGUGCAUAGUGAGAGAACCAACCUCUCUCACUGUGUCACUGUCAUAAACGAAGACCAUAAUUAUUACAGUACUGUAAAAGAAAAUAAGUCUGAAGGUCAUACAGACUCGGUAACAAACACCUCUUGCUUGAAAAAACUUUCUUUUGAAAGUCCUAUGAAGGAAGAUAUUCUUGAAGAUCUGUUCUCCUCUGCAUUGUUGAACUCAAUAGCAGGCAACAUUGAUUUACCUCAUUUUGACGAAACUCUGUUUGAAACUUAAUUAUAGUAAUAUUUGUUUUUAACAUUGAGAAUUUUGUAUAACUAUUUGCACAUACAGUACUAUUAAAUUAUUUUUUCCAAACUAGUUUAUUUGCACAUUGGCUGUACUUGAACAUUUAAAAUCUGAAGUAUUCAUCUCUUAAAUUUUAUUAUGAUUGGUGAAUGAUACUUUAGUCUUGUUUAGCUUUCUCAAUAUAUUAUUUGAUUGAAAGAGUUGAGGAUCUUUCAGAGAACCUUUGAAUGUACAUUAAUUUUUUUCCUUCUCUGGUGUGCAUUUUUGUGCAUGUUAAUUUAGACAGGUGAGAAUGAAAAUAGUUUUCUGGACUAUAGGAAUAAUGUUUAUAAAAUAUUGGAUUAUUUUUUCAAG